UGUAGAACCAUGUCACACCAAAUGAUUUCCAUUAUGAUUUCACCAGAUUAUCCUUGGGAUUGUACAAGUUGAACACUCAUCAAUCUAUACAAAUUUCUUGCCGUGCCCAUUGCAGCAAAUCAGAGCUCUGUGGUCCACAUAAAAUUUGAUAAGUCUUUUGCAGCCUUUUGAUGAUAUUGGAGUAUAUCUUAUUCUCAAUUAAAGAUGGUCAGCCUUUCAAGUUUGAAUCUUUCUUCCCAUCAUUACUAGAUUUGGAAAUUUGGUUAUCCACCAUAUAAUCCAGGCAGAAAAGGGUCAGAGCUCAACAAUGGCUACUGCAAAUCAAAAGGUUGUUCCAGAUGAUCUCAGACAGCAGCUUGCUCUUGCAGUUAAAAGCAUCCAAUGGAGCUAUGCAAUUUUUUGGUCUUUUUCUGCUCAACAAUCCGGGGCGUUGGGGUGGAGUGAGGGGUACUACAAUGGUGAUAUCAAGACUAGGAAAACAGUUCAAGCUGUAGAGUUGAACUCGGAUCCUCUGGGAUUGCAGAGGAGUGAUCAGCUAAGGGAAUUGUUUGAGUCUCUUUCAUUAGGUGAAAGCACCCCACAGCCUAAGAGGCCUACAGCUGCAUUAUCCCCCGAAGAUCUCACUGACACUGAGUGGUAUUUUCUGGUGUGUAUGUCGUUUGUCUUCAAUGUCGGUCAAGGGUUGCCUGGAAGAUCGUAUGCAGAGAAUGAGACAAUCUGGCUGCGGAAUGCUCAUCUUGCAGACACGAAACUCUUUGCUCGUUCUUUGCUUGCGAAGAGUGCUUCUUUGCAGACAGUAGUGUGCUUUCCGCAUUUGGGAGGUGUGGUUGAGCUCGGAACAACCGAACUAGUUCCAGAGGAUCGGGGUCUGAUUCCGCAUAUAAAAAGUUCAUUCUUGGAGAGUUCUUCCGAUACUUUCAUCAAUCUGAGCCACGACCUCGUCUAUCAAGUGCUCGAUCACUCUAAUAUCCCCGAAAACAAUCUUGAUGAAGUGGAAGUGUAUUCUCCUGACACCAGCUCAGAUGAAUUUGCAGACAACGUUCUAAUAGAGGGAUCGUGUUUAGCAGAUGGCGCUGAUGGAGAGGACGACGCUGUCAGCAAUGGCACAAACAAUGCCACGAGCUCCAGUGACUGCGUGUCUCAGACUCAUGGGAAACUGGAUGUGAAAGUCCAAGAAUUUGAUGAAAAGAAGGCGAGUGCUGCUAAUUGUGUGCACGUCGGUCAAGAAUGCAACCAGCAGACAUUGCCUAGCUUCAACGGUGGUGGUGAUGUCCAUUACCACAAUGUGCUUUCAAGCCUUUUGAAGAGCUCCCACCAGCUGAUUCUGGGGCCUUACAGAAAUGGUAAAAGAGGAUCGAGCUUCAUCAGCUGGAAAGACAGAAAAUCGAGCCCUCGAUUGGUCCAGAGCGCAUCGCCACAGUGGCUACUAAAGAAAGUGCUCUUUGAAGUAGCUAGAAUGCAUGAAAAUGCCCAGAUUGAAUCUGCCAAAAACAAGGACAGAUGUGAUGACCGCUCUCUACAGCAAGAAGGCGAGGAAGUCGACAAAAACCAUGUCCUGUCUGAAAGGAAACGGAGAGAGAAGAUAAGCGUGAGAUUCGCCAUUCUUGGAUCAUUGGUUCCGUCUGGUGGCAAGGUUGAUAAAGUAUCAGUACUUGAUCACACAAUAGAGUAUCUGAGAGAACUGGAGAGGAAGGUGCAGGAUCUGGAAGCGUACAAGGAAGCAACGGAACGAGAAACCACACAGAGCAGGGCCCACGAUGCCAUGGAGAGGACUUCGGACAACUACGGACAUAGCAAGCUUGGAAGCAUCACAAAGCUACUCGGGAACAAGAAGAAAGCUAGUGAUGUAGAGAAAACUGCACCCGAGAAUAAGAGGACUCGGUCGACUUCAUCGACAGACAGCAUAACCAUCAGCAUCACAGACAAGGAUGUGCUGAUUGAGAUGAGAUGUUCUUGGAGGCAGUGUGUACUGAUUCAAGUUAUGGAAGCUUUGACUCAACUGAAUCUUGAAUCACAAUCUGUUCAAUCUUCCAACACUGAUGGGAUUCUCUCCCUCUCUAUCAAUGCCAAGAGCAAGGGAGUGAAAGGUGUAUCAGCUGGUGCAAUAAAACAAGCUCUUCAGAAAAUUAUCAAAAAAAAUUGAAGAUCAUGCUCUGAUUUUGAUGUGGCUCAUUUAUAUGUUGUACAGGGUUGUAUAAAUUACUAUAAUAUUUAACUUUUGCAGAUAGUUGUGUAGUGUUCUUCUCCAACUGAUGGUGUUAAUGAAGUUAAUUUUCAUUA